GAGUGUGUCCCCCCACCACCCUUCCAAUGUUUAUUUUCAUCUGGUUUAAGUGUAGGUCACAUGGCUUUAGCUAGAUGUGUGUUGGAAUUUGGGCCCUGAAGUUUGGUUUGUGUUUUGUGUGGUUUCAUGUAUACGCUUCAUUGAGGAGGUGAAGGUUUCUUGCAACAUUUAAGAGUCGACUCAUGGAUACGACUUACUCCUCGCAUCAGUAAUCUGCCUAACGGAAGGGAAAAGAAUGAUGGAACCAAUCGAUGCAUUUUACCGUCUUUGUGAAUGUUUAAAAACUGAUAAUAAAGUGGAAGAAGUGUCGAAGAUGUUUUCAUCUUUCGAAAGAGAUAGUAACCGUGUGUCAUUCGCAAUGGAAUUGCUGAGACAGUACAAUAUUCUGACUUUACCGUUGUGCCUUAAUGACAAAAAGUCUGAUACCAUAGCAGCAGAAUAUAGGAUGCAAGGCAAUCGCGCUUAUCAACAGAAGGACGAUCGUAAAGCACUCAGUUUGUACAACAGAGGCAUAGCUUUUUCUCCAGUUGUUCAGUUAGCAGACACUGACGGAGACAGUAACGAGCUAUCGUUAGGGUUUGCCAACAGAUCAGCUGUUGCAUUUUCGUUAGGCGACAGUGCUUCAUGUCUUAAGGACAUUGAUCUAGCAUUUAAGUAUAGAUACCCUGCUAAUUUACAUUACAAACUACUAGAAAGGAAGGGUAAAUGCUUUCUGAGAAUGAACAGAUUUGAAGACGCAUUCGAAACUUUUACGGGUGCAUUAAAAGCUCUGGAACUAGCGUCAUUGCCUGCAGAGAAAUGCCAGUCUGUAAAGAAACAGAUAAUUGAGUUGCAAGGAAAAACAGAGUCUAGAAAUGCAGCAACUGAGAAGCCCUACCUGUUUAGUCUCCAACAAAAGUUACCAAGGAAAACAUACCAAGAAAGUAAUGAAAUUGUUUGUGCUUGUGAUGCAGUUGAAAUAAAAUACAGCCAAGACAUGGGGAGGUAUAUCCAAGCAUCAACAAAUUUAAAUCCUGGUGAUGUGAUUGCAAUUGAGAGGCCAUUUGCUUCAGUGCUGUUAGAUGAUGCAUACUACACCCACUGCUACAACUGUUUGCUACGCUGUAAUGCACUGAUCCCUUGUGAAACAUGUUCCAUGGUGAUGUUCUGCAGUGACGAAUGUCGAAAUGAAGCACUAGAGAAAAGUCAUUCUGUUGACUGUUCAAUUUUGGCACCACUUACCAGAUAUGGAAUCGAUAAAAUGGGAAUGUUGGCAGUAAGGAUUAUAUUGACUGCAGCAGCUUAUGGAAAAAAAUUAAAUGAGCUGAUCAGUGAAAUACGAUCUUUUGAAAUGGAGACAUCUGCAGAUAAACGAACAAAAGGUUUCAGCAAAGAUGGAAAAUAUCAUUCUGAUGAAUAUACAACAAUUUAUCAUCUGGUUGGCAAUACAGACAAACGAACUGUAGGUGAUUUGUUUAAGCGUGCUGUUAAUGCUGCAUGUAUAUUGCAUUGUUUUGAAGAGUACUCAGAUUUCUUCAAUCCAGAAAAUACUUCAAGUUAUAAACAGUUGCCUGAUUCAGGAAAGAACAAGGGAAGUGAAGGUCAUCAGAACCCUCAAGAUUUUCAGAAGGAAGCCAAACUUAUUGUUGGUGGUCUUUUAUUGAGACAUUUACAAAAUUUACCAUGCAAUGCUCAUGAAGUUUCAGAGUUUAUACACAUUUCUGCAGUAACCCAAAACAAAGAAAGGUUUGAUUUAGACAUGAUAGAAAUGGGAGCCGCAGCAUAUUCUUUUUUAAGUUUGAUAAACCACUCAUGUGAUCCAAAUGUUGUGAGGAAUAGUCACUGUGGAAGCACAGCUGUUUUGAGAGUCAUAAAACCAAUCAAGAAAGGUGAACAGGUCUUUGACAAUUAUGGUUAUCAUUAUGCAACUCAUAGCCUUGAGGAAAGACAGUUACAUCUGAGGUCACAGUACUUUUUCACGUGCAUGUGUGAACCAUGCACUGGUAAUUGGCCUUUAUAUGUCAGUCUCCCGAGUGCACAGCUAUUGCUUAAAUGCACUCACUGUAGCACUGUGCUAGAAGAUAACUUUCCAACCAACCCGUCUGAAGGAAACUUGGUUACAUGCACAAUGUGCAAGGGUGUGAAUGAUGUUGUCAAGAGGAAGAAAGUGUUAAUGGAGUCAUCAGAUCGAUUUAUGGAGAAUAUAUCAGCUGUUUUACGUGGCCACACUGAAGGUGUUGCUACCAGUUUAGUAACUCAUUUGACAUUGUUGCAUGAAAAUGUACUAAGACCAUGGAAAGAAUACAAUGACUGUCAAGAAGCAUUGAAACAGUGCUUCAAUUUUCUUGGAAACUGUUAUACCAUUUGAUGAAUAAAUAAAAAGUUGGUGCCUUUCUAA